AUGCCUGAUCAAGACAAAAAAGUGAAGACCACAGAAAAAUCAGCUGAUAAAAAACAGCAAGGAAUCACCACCAGGGACUAUUCUGAUCUGAAAAGACUUCGGUGUCUUUUGAACGUCCAAUCAAGCAAACAACAGCUUCCAGCCAUUAACUUCGAUAGUGCUGAAAAUAGCGUGACGAAGUCUGACCCUGUCAUCAGGGUGGGCGGACACAGAGCUCGAGGUCAGUGGCACGAGUCCACAGAAGCUGUUGAACUUGAGAAUUUUAGUAUAAACUACAAGAAUGAGAGAAAUUUCAGCAAACAUCCCCAGCACAAACUAUUUCAGGAGAUCUUUACAGCCUUGGUGAAAAAUAGACUCAUAUGCAGAGAGUGGGUUAAUCGAGCCCCAUCUAUUCAUUUUCUGAGAGUGUUAAUCUGUCUGAGGCUGCUAAUGAGGGAUCCAUGUUAUCAGGAAAUACUCCAUAGCUUGGGUGGGAUUGAAAACCUAGCUCAGUACAUGGAGAUUGUGGCCAAUGAGUACCUCAGCUACGGAGAGGAGCAGCACAGUGUGGACAAGCUGGUCAACAUGACAUGUAAGUGCUGUUGUCGGGACACGGCCAACUUGGUGAACUUGCUAGAAUAAGCGGUGUGGUGUUUGCAGCAGGGAAAAAAGACACUUGUCCCCACUUCUCCCUGGGAGGGAUCAGAAGUGGCAGAGCAGAAUGCCUGGGCACAUGGAAACAGAGGGCAGUGUGAGAACCAGGCUGGUCAUGUGGCCUGCUCCCUUUCGUUUCCUGUCCUGGGCAAGGAAUGGUCACAAGGGGCUACUCUCAAAAGUUCAAAAACGUUAGUGAAUUUACUUGGUGCCCGAGAUACUAAUGUUCUGCUGGGUUCUCUUUUGGCUCUGGCUAGUUUAGCUGAAAGUGCUGAAUGUAGGGAGAAGAUAACUGAACUCAACAUUGUAGAAAAUUUGUUGAUUAUUUUACAUGAAUAUGACUUGCUUUCCAAAAGACUGACCGCGGAGUUACUGCGCCUACUUUGUGCCGAACCCCAGGUGAAAGAGCAGGUGAAGCUCUAUGAGGGGAUACCUGUCCUUCUCAGUUUGCUCCACUCUGAUCACCUGAAGCUGCUCUGGAGUGUUGUCUGGAUUCUGGUCCAGGUUUGUGAGGACCCCGAGACCAGUGUGGAAAUUCGCAUUUGGGGAGGCAUCAAGCAGCUUCUUCAUAUUUUGCGAGGAGAUAGAAAUUUUGUUUCUGAUCGUUCCUCUAUUGGAAGCCUGUCCAGCGCAAAUGCUGCAGGCCGAAUCCAGCAGUUUCAUUUGUCAGAAGAUUUAAGUCCUCGAGAAAUACAAGAAAAUAUUUUCUCUCUUCAAGCAGCCUGCUGUGCUGCCCUCACUGAACUGGUACUCAACGACACCAAUGCCCACCAGGUGGUUCAGGAAAAUGGUGUAUAUACAAUAGCAAAAUUAAUUUUACCAAAUAAACAAAAGAAUGCAGCAAAAACUAAUCUAUUACAGUGUUAUGCUUUCAGAGCCUUGAGGUUUCUCUUCAGUAUGGAGAGAAACAGACCACUCUUUAAAAGACUUUUCCCCACCCACUUGUUUGAGAUCUUCAUUGACAUAGGACAUUAUGUUCGUGAUAUCAGUGCUUAUGAAGAAUUGGUAUCAAAGCUGAAUUUAUUAGUGGAGGACGAACUGAAGCAAAUUGCUGAAAAUAUUGAAAGCAUUAAUCAGAACAAAGCCCCUUCAAAGUAUAUAGGCCACUAUGCAAUUUUGGAUCAUCUCGGAAGUGGAGCUUUUGGCUGUGUUUACAAGGUUAGAAAGCGAAGUGGUCAAAAUCUUUUAGCAAUGAAAGAGGUCAAUUUACAUAACCCAGCAUUUGGAAAGGAUAAAAAAGAUCGAGACAGCAGUGUAAAGAAUAUUGUUUCUGAAUUAACAAUAAUUAAAGAGCAGCUUUAUCAUCCCAAUGUUGUUCGUUAUUACAAAACAUUUCUGGAAAAUGAUAGGUUGUAUAUAGUUAUGGAGCUAAUAGAAGGAGCCCCACUGGGAGAGCAUUUCAGUUCUUUGAAGGAAAAACACCACCACUUUACUGAAGAAAGACUAUGGAAAAUAUUUAUACAGCUGUGCUUAGCUCUUCGGUACUUACACAAGGAGAAGAGGAUUGUCCAUAGAGAUCUGACACCAAACAACAUUAUGUUGGGGGAUAAGGACAAAGUAACAGUUACUGACUUUGGCCUGGCAAAGCAAAAACAAGAAAACAGUAAACUCACGUCUGUUGUUGGAACAAUCCUGUAUUCUUGCCCUGAGGUGCUGAAGAGUGAGCCCUACGGGGAGAAAGCUGAUGUCUGGGCUGCAGGUUGCAUCCUUUAUCAGAUGGCGACUCUGAAUCCUCCCUUCUACAGCACCAACAUGCUCUCCUUGGCUACAAAAAUAGUGGAGGCAGUAUAUGAACCAGUGCCAGAAGGCAUCUAUUCUGAAAAAGUGACAGAGACCAUCAGCAGGUGCCUCACUCCUGAUGCAGAAGCCCGUCCAGAUAUUGUAGAAGUCAGUUCAGUGAUAUCAGAUGUCAUGAUGAAGUAUUUAGACAAUUUGUCUACAUCCCAGCUAGCCUUGGAAAAGAAGCUGGAACGGGAACGGAGGCGCACACAGAGGUAUUUUAUGGAAGCCAACCGGAAUGCUGUCACGUGUCACCAUGAGCUGGCUCUUCUAUCUCAGGAAACCUUUGAGAAGGCCAGUUUGAGUAGCAGCAGCAGUGGGGCAGCCAGCCUGAAAAGUGAACUUUCAGAAAGUGCAGACCUGCCCCCCGAAGGCUUCCAGGCCCCCUGUGGUAAGGAUGAAGACAGGGCCUGUGAUGAAGUCCUGUCAGAUGAUAACUUCAACCUGGAAAAUAUUGAGAAAGAUAUAUAUUCAGAGCUUGAAGAUGAACUGGAUAUUUCAGAUAACUCCAGCAGCUCUAGUUCAAGCCCUUUGAAAGAAUCUACGUUCAGCAUUUUAAAGAGAAGUUUCAGUGCUUCAGGAGGAGAAAGACAAUCCCAAGCAAG